UCGACGGGCGGCCGCUCGGGGUUCGAUUGCUCGGGCUGAUCAACAUGGCGGCGCUGCGGUUGGCGCGGGGCCUCCUGAAGGAGGUUCGGAGACAGGGCCCGGGCCCGGGGCAGGGGCCCCGUUACCGCGAGUCCGCCGCCUACACCUACAUCCUGCAGCAAUUCCGGAAGAACCAGGUUACCAGUGAGAAACUGUGCCGGGCUCAGCAUGAACUGUAUCACCAAGCUUCCACCUACAUGUGCCUCCUGCAGAGUGUCCGACAGCACCUAGCUCUACACCAGGAGUACCACAGCAAGGGAGAACGGUCACCCCAUGAAGUGGCUCAGCUUGUUGGCCUCAAACUGCCACAGCAACCCGGAGGCAAAGGAUGGGAAAAGUGAGGAGGAGGAAAGGCAUCCUUACUCCUCGAGUACACCGUGUGGACAAACACAUUAUUCUCAUUCCGAUGGACUUGGUUAUUCACUGACAAUGUAAAUAUGGUCCUAGGACUGUUUGUGUUUCUUGUGUAUAGUGCAGCUUCUCAGAAUCUCAAUGGUUCAUGAAGUAAUUAAAAAGAGACUCCAAUUAAACCCAA